CCGCUGUGCUUUCUGCUCCCUUAGCACCGCUCGCCCCAAAGCCGCUGCGCCACGGCGGGAGGCGGAGGUUCUCUGCCUGGAGUUCAGGCCGGCAGGCGAAGGUACCUCCGGUGCUGGGGCGUUGUGGGCCGGGCGGACGUUGCGGGACGGGCCGGGACAGGACAGGACAGGACACGACACGACAGGGUAUCUGAAGAAAUAGCCUGAAAAUGAACUUCUUCCUGGAAACAUUAAAAGUGAUUGUACUUUUAGUUUACUACUUACUGGAGUCACUGGUGUUCUUUGUUAUUCCUCGACGGAAGAAGAAUGUUAGUGGUGAAAUCGUAUUAAUAACAGGAGCGGGAAGUGGCAUUGGAAGACUCUUAGCAGUGAAGUUUGCCAACCUUGGAGCCACGGUGGUCCUCUGGGAUAUUAAUCAAGAGGGGCUCAAUGGCACAGUUAGACUGGCUAAGGAAAAAGGAGCCGGAAGAGUACACUCUUAUGUCUGUGACUGUAGCAAAAGACAGGAUAUCUACAGAGUAGCUGACCAGGUUAAAAAAGAAGUUGGCGAUGUCAGCAUCUUGAUCAACAAUGCUGGUAUUGUAAUUGGGAAGAGAUUUCUUGAUUCUCCAGAUUCACUUGUAGAAAAAACCAUGGAAGUGAACACAAUGGCACACUUCUGGACUUACAAAGCCUUCCUCCCAGCAAUGGUUGCCGCUAACCAUGGACACUUGGUUAGCAUAGCAAGCUGUGCAGGACUGUGUGGAACCAGUCAGGCUUCAGAUUACUGUGCAAGUAAAUUUGCAGCAGUUGGUUUUGCAGAGUCAAUUGAUAUAGAGAUGAGAACUCUGAGAAAGACUGGUGUUAAAACCACAAUUGUGUGUCCUUAUGUCAUGAACACGGGAAUGUUUGAUGGUGUUAAAUCCAAGUGGCCACGUGUGGUUCCUGCUCUGGAUCCAGAGUAUGUGGCCGAGAGGAUAAUCAGUGCUGUUCGUCAGAACCAAGAAGUCCUGUGUUUGCCACGCGUCGCUUAUCUUUGUCCUUUUAUGAAAAGCUUCCUACCAGUGAAAGCAUUCAUUCUCCUUUUAGACUACCUUGGUCUCCUUGAUCUCAUGAGUACCUUCAAAGGUCGACCAAAGAAGGAGUGAAAAAGCACAAAAUUCAGAGACCAGCAGCUCUAAAGUGGGUGCUGAAGUUAGUUAAAGGUGGUGGUGGGAAAAGUUUGCUUCACUAGCAGCUGUGAACUUUGAGUGCCUCAUUUCUCAAUAGUAACAAGAUUUUUAAAAGUUGCUUUUUAAUUGGCUCCUAAUCAACAGCUUUCAUCUAAAAUAGUGGUUUUGAAUUGUUUUCUUUUCACCUCAUUAUGAAAAUAUUUGAUAAAUAAUUGAAUUUAGUUGCUUUGGUUUAUAAUGCCUUAAAUGGGAUCCUGCAUCACAAACCAAUAACUGGCAACUUUGAGGGGAAGAAAAGACCAAGAACCCAUAUGUAUUUAGCAGGCAGCCAGAAAAGCCUGUAGUGGAUCUGACUUCUUGCUGCCAUUCAGUGAACCAUGAGGAUGGGCUGUACUGCUGGUGCCAUUACCACUCCCUGGUAAGCUGAGAAAUUCAAGAAUUUCUUCAAACAACAGAUUCUAACUCUUCCAAAUAAAAGUUUUGGGAAAUAAAAAUAUACACUGUGUUGGUGAAAAAAACAAUUACAUGUAAUAAUUUUUAAUAAUUUUUGGAGGUGUGAUCUCUCAACUCUCAGAUGACAAUGGAUGUUGGGACAGGGAUAGGGAAGGAUAUGUAAAUUAAGGUAAACUAUGUUGUUAUAUCAGAAAGGUUCUGUUGUCAUUAUAUUGCUAAGGUUCCAUAUUGCAAGAGUUUUAUACCUCCUUGAUGUUUCUCAUAGGCUACUCCUCUAAGCACUGACUUCCUUCUUGCAGUAGCAAACUGACUCCUCCUCAACCAAUCAACCCACUCUUUUAUAACACUCUUCUUCUUAUUGGCUACAGCUGUGGCCUGUUAGAGCCAGGCCUGUUCUUAAUCUCUAAUAAUUGGCUCAGCUGCAACUCCUUAGGGGUAAGAUUACUUUCUAUACUACCUUUAAUUUCUUAUAUUGUAUCCCACUAAAAUUCCCCCUUUUUCUUUUUAUUACAGAGUUGCAGCAUUUCUAGAAGGACAUGUUCAAAUAAAUUGACAUUAUGACACAUUCAUAUAUUUCAUUUUUAACUAAUAGUUAUACAAAUGUUCAGACAACAUAUUACAGUACAAAUAUAUAUAUAUAUUUCUAAGUGUUGGUUCAGUUUUGCAGCUUUUCUCAGUUGACAAAGUACUUAUCUUCAAAAAUCUUUUAUACUGAUGCUUAAUAGACGUUAAUAGCUCCGUUAAUCAAUAAACACAUUGUACUAAAUAAUAGAACUAUUCUUGUUCCAGUUCUUACAGUUACUUUAGUAAAUUCUCCCCUGGUCCUUUUUUCCCAAAAUCACGGGGUCAUAUAGUUUAGUAUUUGAGUCCUUUUCCCCAAAUCCACGGCGUCAUAAAGUUUAGUAUUUGAGUCUUUUUUUCUCCCGAAAUCAUGUCGGGGUCACCACUUGUUGUUAUUAUAUCGGAAAGGUUCCAUUGUCAUUAUAUUGCAAAGGUUCCAUAUUGCUGGAGUUUUGUAGCUCCUUGAUGUUUCUUGUAGGCUGCUCCUCUAAGCACUGACUCUUCCUUCUUCUUGCAGUAGCCAACUGAUUCCAGUUCCCCCUCAACCAACCAACCCACUCUUUUAUAACACUCUUCUUAUUGGCUACAGCUGUGGCCUGUUAGAGCCAGGCCUGUUCCUAAUCUCUAAUAAUUGGCUCAGCUGCAACUCCUUAGGGGUAAGAUUACUUUCUAUACUACCUUUAAUUUUUUAUAUUGUAUCCCCCUACAAAACUAAGCAUUUGUGUUGCUAAUCUUUGUGCCUAAUUUAUUUUAAAAGUUAAUACUAUGACUGCAACUUCGUAACAGAAGUCUUUGUAUCUUUUAAGUACAGUAUUUUAAGAACUAUUUUAAAUUGUCAUCUCCUAAAAAGAAUAAAGCAUGAGACUGCCAGUCUA